AUGAUGCAAUUCCAUGUGGUAACUGUGACGUGCUUACUUUUGCAUAGUGUAGCAUUUGCAGCUCCGCCGAAAGUCAUCAAGAGUAACGCGCUGGAUGAUAAUCAGGUCAAACCACCGGAAGAAACCUCGGUGCGUGUGGAGAAAAAUAAUGAAGCAAAAUCAGAUAACGUGGAGAAGCCAGUGUACCAAAAAGAACCUCAGCCGUUACCGAAGCACGAUACUCCGAAAGAAUCUCAGGAGAAGAAACCAGAGUUCGAUGUGAACGUUGGGUCGAGAAGCUUGGCGAGCCUUCCUGCGUGUCGCCCUGAAAUUGAGAGGCUUUGUCAUCAAGCACCAGAAAGCCUCAACAACAUAAACGUCUUGGAGUGCUUCCAAAAUGUUGUAAGAAAUGGGCAAAUGAACCUUCGCUUCCGGGUUCAGCCUCCGCUUGACUCGCUUAAGAAGCAAUUUAAGGCCCAAUUGACUGUGAACGAUUUCCUCUUUUUGGGUACUCUGCAUCCACAGCAAAACAUCAACGAAGUUCUGAAUCCAGAUUGUCUUCACGAAGCAUGGCGAGUAAAGAAGAAUUUCACGCAAAGCGACACUUUCGUCAAGGCAGCGGAUUCUUUGUGCGGUGAAGCCUUCUCCAAGCUACCUUGCGACAUGGUUCGGAACUCCAUCAAAGGAGAAUUCCUCGCCUGCGUGAUCGAGCAUCGGGAAGCGAUAGAAAACCCUCAGUGCAAACAAUUCCUCGUCAAACUCGAAACCCUGAUUUUCUCAGAUUACCACUUGAUCUCUGGCUUUGCCACGAAAUGCGACGCGUCCAUCAAUGAAUUGAAAUGCGGUCGGUUGGUUCCGGAGACGCCGACUUUGAGUCACGGAGUCGUCAUUCAGUGUCUGAUGGAGCAUUAUGAACAGAUCAAGAGUCGGGAUUGUUUGGACGAGCUGUUGCGUGUCGGUGAACUGCAAGGGCAGGAUUAUCACAUGGAUCGUGAGCUGUUUUUUGCUUGUCGACGAGACGCGGAUACCUUGUGCCAUGGAGUGCCAUCUGGCGACGGGAAGAUCUACUCGUGUUUGUUGCAUAUGCGGGGCAAUGAGCGAAUGAGUCCCGAGUGUAAUAAACAAUUAGAAAGGCGGGAGAAGCUGGUCCAGCAGCACUACGAAGUGAGUCAAGGCCUCGCCAAAACCUGCCACGACGACAUCAAGCACUACAAGUGCCGAGAAAACACGUCUUCAAAGCGCGAAAUUCGACUCGCUCAAAUCCUGCUGUGUCUCGAAGGCGCCAUGGCGGACGGGAAUCCGGUUGCCGCCGAAUGCCAAGCUGAAAUUCUCGAACACAGGCGAAUGUUGUUGGAGCCCAGGGGAUUGUCUCCGGAAAUUUUGGUUGCUUGCGAAGAAGAAUUGGUGCAAACGUGCUCGAGGAGUGAGAUGUACAAGCGAAUCCCGAGGUUGGAGUGUCUCAUGGACUUGGCUGUGCGUUCGAAAAGGAGCGAGAAGCCUCUGAUCUCUGACAAUUGUCUGCGACAAGUGGAAUCAGUGCUGAAAGUUGCCGACGCGGGAGAAGAUUGGCGAGUGGACCCAUUCCUCCGGGAAUCCUGCCAACCCGUUGUGAACCAAGCGUGCCAGGGGAUCCAACCCGGCGAAGGCCGGGUUCUCCAGUGUCUCAUGCAGCACCUGGGCACACAGGUCAUGACCUCAGACUGCGAAGAAUCCCUGCUGCGUCUCAUGUACUUCGUGGCCCGGGAUUUCGAGCUGGAUCCGUUGUUGUAUCGGAGUUGCAAGCGAGAUGCACGAGAUCAUUGCAGUGCCAAGGAGAAGUGGGGAGGGGAGCCGGGUUCUUAUGACCCCGAACGAGGAUUGGUUGUGUUGUCGUGUUUGUAUCAUUUGGCGUUGCAUCCCGAGGAUAAUUUGCGAUUGGAGCCCAAGUGUGAGAGUGACGUGAGACGAGUGAUGCGGUUGCGUGGGAAGCGAGUCGAUUUGCAUCCCGAGAUUGAAGAGGAUUGCUUGUACGAAUUGGCGAAUAUGUGUUCGCAGAAUGUGCAGCCCGGGCAAGAGAUUCUCUGCUUGCAAGAGAAAAUGUCUGAGUUGUCCGCGAAAUGCAAGUCCAAGAUCGUGGACCUGACAGUGGACGAAGACCGACACGCAGAAGACAAUCCUUACGUGAUGGAGCAUUGCUUGAAGGCCGCCAACGAGUUUUGCCACGAGUUCGUCAAGGGCGACGCGGAAGAAGAAGACCUUUUCGAAUGCCUCGUGGAACACAAGUCCCGAAUCGCGGAACGAAACCCGAAGUGCUACGCUGCCAUCACUCACUUCCAACUCAUCACCCUGGAAGACGUUCGUUUCUCGCGAAAAUUCGAAAAGGCCUGCGGGGACGACAUUAAGAAUUUCUGCUACGAUGCGAGCUCGAAAACCGGCGCGAAAACCACAGAGCAAAUCAUCGAGUGUCUGAGUGAAGUUGCGUUGGAAGAAGCCCUAACUGAUCAUCCCAUGGACAAGAAUGAGUUAUUAUCGCCCAAGUGCAAACGACAGCUCAUGAACCAGUUGCGAAACGAGGAAGAAAACGUGAAGCUGAAUCCCCGGUUGAAAGCCUCGUGCGAAUCCGACGUGUUGCAACUUUGCCCGCACGUGGAAGAAGGCGGUGGACGGAUUCUCGAAUGCCUCAAGGAUCAUUUCCCGGAUUUGAGCAGCAAGUGCAAAAACUUUUUGUUCCAAUCCGACGCGUUGGCGGUUCGUGAAGACCGAGUGGACUUUGCGUUGACUGACAAGUGUCAGAGCAUGAUCGUGAAGUUUGGGUGUUCGAAACGACCGCUGGAGUGUUUGAAGAAGGUGAUGGAUGGAGGGGACUUUGACGAGGACUGCAGACUGGUUAUUCUGCGGAGAAUGGUGGAGCAGAGUUACGAUUUCAGGCUGAAUCCAGCUUUGCAUUCCUCGUGCAAGCUGGAUAUUGGCAAGUUUUGCGCCGAUAAGCUCGUGGGUCACAACAAAAAACAUCCGAGUAUCUUGGAAGGAGAAGUAGUAACUUGUUUGAGGGACAUGAUGGUGAAGAAACCGGCAAAACUGUCAAAUGGUUGCCUGAACCAGUUGCAAGACGUGGUAGAGCAUGCUGCCAAGGACGUCCGACAAAACCCGCAUCUCCUGAAAGUUUGCAAAGAAACGAUAAAAAUGCUGUGUGACGGAAAAGGCCCCGGUGAAGUCGAGGAGUGUUUGAAGGCGGCAUUGUUGGCUGGAGACGACGGAAGGAACGGAAUUCAGGACAGAAAGUGUAAAGAAGAGGUUGUGAAAAUCGUCGCUGCCGAGGAGACGGACGUUCACUUGGAUCCCGUUUUAUUCGGUUCUUGUGUCGGCGACUUGAAGCGAUCCUGUUCUGAUGUUCCACGAGGAGAAGGACGACAGUUGAAGUGUUUGCUGGGACUACUCAAAAGCAACGCGGACGUGCUGCAUGAGGACUGUCGUUUAAAAUUGCAAUCCCGCCAAAAACUCUUUUCGUACGCCGAACGCGAAAUUGCCAAGUCCCCCGAAACCCUGGUAGAGCUGAAGAACGUAGUGAUGCACUCACCUGCCAGCAACUUCUUCUUCCUUUUCAUCCUCGGCGUCGCAUUUUCUGUGUUUUUCGGCGGGAUCAGAAGGGUAAUUUUGAAGAUGAGAAGGUUGCUGUGUGUGCCUGGACUGGUUGCCAGGAAGGAGUUCCGAUGGAAGUCGACUUCUUCUUGGGAAUAUUGUGUGGAUCUUGUCAAGAAAGGCGAUUACGAGAAUUACCUCUGCACCUUGCUGCUGCCGGAAACCAGCCGAGCAGCGUCAUUCGCAGUCAGGGCCUUCAACAUAGAGGUCGCUCGUGUCGCAGCGCAAACGAAGGAUCAACAAAGAGCGUCAAUGAGAUUGCAAUUUUGGAAAGACACUCUGGAAAAGGUUUAUUCCGAUGGGCCUGUACCUGCUACCCCUGUUGCAGUGGAGCUGAAAAAGGCCUUGACUAAGCAAAAGCUUUCUAAGCAAUGGCUGACCAGACUCAUCAAAGCCAGAAACACUAGGGCUGGGGAUCAGCCCUUCCGCAGUGUGGCCGAAGUUGAGGAAUACGGUGAACACGUGGCGUCAUCUGUGAACUAUUUGGUGCUAGAGUCACUUGGUGAGGCCUGGAUUUUUCAGCCAAGUGUCAAGGUUGACCACGCCGCAAGUCACCUUGGAAAGUCUCAGUAUUUCGCGUCUCUAGUGAGAGGAAUCGAACCUUUGGCAAAGUCUGGUCUGGUACUAUUACCCAUGGAUCUCAUGGCCAAACACGGAGUUUCUCAAGAAGCAGUAGCUCGACUCGUAAAAGGUAAACCUGACGAAAAGGCUGCCAAGGGACUCACGGAAAUUGCCUUCGAACUCGGGUCUUUAUCGCAUCAACAUCUCCAAAAGUGCAGGGAAUUGUGCUGUGAAACGAAGCUGGAGAAGAAAGCGAUGCUGGGAUUUUUGCCUGGCGUUUGUGUGGCGCAGUAUCUGAUAAGUACGUUGGAAUCCGGAGAAAUUCGGAAAGUGUGCUCCAGAAAAUUGCCAGAUGGCAAGAAGGAGUUGCCAGAGUGGAAAGAACAUCCUGGGAACGGACUCUUCACUUACACACCCAAGUUCAACACGGGUCCGACGAGUUUCGUCCCGAUCCUCGCCUCAGGGAUUCAUUUCGGUCUAGACGCCGGGGAUCGUGUGUUGAUGCCGAUGCACUGGGGCUUGGUUCCCAGGUGGCAUAAGGCGGAGAAUUUCCGCGCUCAUGGACUAACCACCAUCAAUUGCCGCCAUGAGACGUUGUUGGACAAGCCGCUUUUUGCGAAGCCGUUGAAGGAGAAGAAGCGAGGGGUUUUCAUCUGCGAUGGUUACUACGAAUGGAAACGAAAAGACGGAAGUAAGCAGCCUUAUUUUCUUUACUUCAAGCAAGAAAACAAGGAUGUGAUCCCCGGAGACCCCGUGUGGAAGAAGAAGGUUGAGUCGGCUGGAAAUAAUACUGAUUUCGAUUGGCACGGCCCGAAGGAACUCACUGUCGCCGUGGUAUUUGACAAAUGGAUCCCGCCAAAGGCAAAUGAGGAUCAUCCGGAAAUCUACAGCUUUUCUGCCAUCACAGUGCCGUGUCACGAGUCCGUGGAAUUUGUGCAUGAUCGAAUGCCAGCCAUUCUAGAAGGGCAAGACGCCAUUGAUUUGUGGCUUGACCCGAACGUGCCUGCAGAAAAGGCGGUGAAAAGUCUGAAGGCUUGUGGAAAUUUGGCGUAUCACAAAGUUUCUCAGUUCUGCAAUAAUAUUCACAACGACUCUGUCGUCUGCGUCCGACCUUUGACGGAAUCCACCACGAGGAUCGGAAACCAGGCGACGAUAACGAACUUCUUCAAGCGGAAGGAGAAGAAGGAUGAGGAGAGUGAGAGCCCGAAGAAACCCAAGCUGGAGAUUUGAAUAAUCUUUCGAUGGUGCCCCCGGGUUUGUUUGUACCUCGUCAUGUCUCUCGAUACCAUAUCCGUCAUGAUUAUAUACUUUAAUAUAUCAAUAAAUGUUAUACACUCACGUUGUUUCAAAGCGUUGAAAAGUGUUUAAAAAUGAAGUCCCCGCAGUGCUUAAUUCUGUGCGUCGCAAACUUGGGAUUUCGGAUAGAUGUCACUCGCAAUUACAACAUGAUUUAUGAUUUCAUUCAAAGACUGAAUCUUCCCUAUAUAGCGUUUAAAGCUUUCCUCAUAUCAACGUGCCGUUUGGUAUGUUCAUUUUUAAUUGGGAAUCUGGCUUAACAGAGUUCGGAUGUUUUUGCAAUUUGAAUAUUUUUCCGUAAAAUGUCUAGAUCAGUGUUGCCCAACUCAGAUGUGGUGAAUGGCCAGAUUAAUAAUUUUUCUUGUGGCUAUAAGGGCCAGAGUGCAGAGGUGAAGAUUCCUUGAGAGCCACAAUAAUAGACCAUUUUUGAGAUGUACAAUUUUCCCCUUUUGAAGGAAAAAUUUCAAAUUUAAUACAGUGUUUUGCAUUUAAUCAAUUCAAAAUCAUAGUCCUAUAGCAUUUUUGAAGGAUGGAGCAACAUUUUAAAUACAAAUUUAAAUUCAUCUCUCCCAGUUUAAAUUUUAAAGACUGUAGUUUGUGGCUGUCCGCUUUGAAAAUUAUGGGGAAGGAGCCCUUGGGAUCGAUGGAGUCUCUGGUGGUGGCCCUGAUCUGGCCCAUGGGCCUAUGUUAUGUUGGGCAGCCACUGCAGCACUGGUCUAGGCAGAAUCAAUUCUCGUAACAUUUGCUUGUGCCUUUUUGAAUUGGAGCAUCUUGAAAAAAA